CACACUUUUCCGCAUGGUGGUGGAAACAUGGAAUCUCUUGUAAUACUUCGAUGCUUAAAACACUGUUUGUAUUUGUUGUAAACUCAGCUCCUCUUAGGAUAGUGUUUUGUGAUACAUACGUUUGAUUUUAAUGGCAGUGAAAGAAGACUAAUAUUUUCUUUACGUAACUUGAACUUUUGUCCGGUUAGCUUGUUAGCUAGCUGACCGACAUCACUGCUGGCUGAACAUGAAGACUUCUAACGGUAAUACCAGUGUCAUGGACAUGUUUCAGAAAGGAAAAGUGGUGAAAGUAUGCGCCCCGAUGGUUAGAUAUUCAAAGCUGGCUUUCAGAUCUUUGGUGAGGAAGUACAACUGUGAUAUAUGUUUUACUCCGAUGAUAGUGGCUGCUGACUUCAUGCGAUCGGUUAAAGCCAGAGACAGUGAAUUCACAACCAGUGAGCGUGACAGGCCUCUGAUUGUGCAGUUUGCUGCCCAUGAUGCUCAGACUCUCGGCGAUGCAGCCUGUGUCGUAGCACCAUUCUCAGAUGGAGUUGAUCUCAACUGUGGCUGCCCCCAGAGAUGGGCCAUGUCAGCUGGAUACGGUGCUUGCCUUAUAAACAAACCGGAAUUAGUCAAAGAAAUGGUCAGAACUGUCAAGAACCAGGUGGACAAUCCAAACUAUACAGCGUCCAUCAAAAUAAGAAUUCACAAGGACCUCAGGCAGACAGUGGAUUUGUGCCAGAAAGCGGAAUCAGCAGGGGUGUCAUGGAUCACAGUCCAUGGACGGACAGCAGAAGAACGCCACCAACCAGUCCACUAUGAUGCUAUAAAAACAAUCAAAGACAGUGUAGCCAUCCCUGUCAUUGCUAAUGGGGAUAUAAAGUACCUCCGUGAUGUGGAGUCCACUCACCAGCUUACUGGUGUUGAUGGAGUGAUGGCUGCACGGGGAUUGCUUGCUAACCCUGCCAUGUUUGCUGGCUAUGAGGAUACACCUUUGGAGUGUAUAUGGGACUGGGUGGAUAUCUCCAUAGAGCAUGGAACUCCAUUCACCUGCUUCCACCAUCACCUUAUCUACAUGCUGGAGAGGGUUAGCUCCCAGCCUGAGAGAAAAGUGUUCAACUCUCUGUCCAGUACCUCAGCUGUAAUGGACUACCUCCAAAACACAUACGGGACAGUGCAAGAUAUGGCAGCAUGAGUAUAGUGGAAUGUGGAUUUUUUUGUUUUGUUUUUGUACAUUUUAUAGACUUCUUUUUAUAAUAUUUUUGUGCCAAAUACAAAUGUAAAUUAUAUCACUGUUAUGAGUCUUCUUUAUAAAGUAAGGCGCAGCUGUA